AUGGCGGCUACGUUAUCUGUAGACGCACAACAACCCGAUGGUGACGAUGAUUCAGCCUCGGAAGAAAAUGAAGAUAAAGAAAUAAUUGAUCCUUGCCUUACCGAUGAAGGUACUGAUGAAAAUAUUUCUCAAGGUAUACCGUUAGAAACCAUUGUAAAUAUGCAUCGCCCAGUAUCUUAUAUAAAAAAUAUGGAAGACAUUCAAAACAAAGACUUUAUAUUUAUGAUUUCACCAUUUAAAUAUGAUCCAUUGCAUCCGGAACGUAGACCUACAGCAAAUUAUAUUCAAAAUCGGCGCGGCAAUCGAUCCGAUGUAGAUCAUGUGCUUAUGCCAUAUUCAAAGUUCAAUGUUACUAAAAAUAAAAAAUCGGUAUGGCUAUUUAAUCGUGAAGCAUUGGUUAUUCUGAAGACGAUGUGUGAUAAUCAUACGGCUACAUUUAAUGAUUUUAAAGGAGCAAUUCGAAAGUGUAUGCAUCAUCAUUGUGAAUUAGGUUCUCUAGAAAAGUUAAUAAAUCAAGUUUAUUCAAAUGAAGAACGUGGCCACUUUAUGUCGAUUGUUCUAUCCAAUAUAUGUAAUCUUUCACUUGAUGUAGAUAAAAUAUGUGGUCAAUCGCCGCCAUUGCUGUGCAGCGGAUCAAAUCGUUCAGUUACGAUGUCACAAGAACAAGUUGCUUCGUUGUUAGCUUGUUCAGUUUUUUGCUUAUAUCCAAUGCGUUCCGAACAAAAAGCUAAAAAUAAAUAUCGCAAUUUUCCAAAUCCAAAUUUUAAUUUACUAUACAAAAGUGGACAUCCAAGAAAAAUUCAAAAACUCAAAUGUAUUUUCCAUUAUUUUCGACGUGUAACUGAGAACAUGCCAACCGGUGUGAUUACAAUUCAACGUGCUGUUUUACCCAAAGCUCAUUUUCCACGAUGGUCAGAGGUAAAAACAGAUCUUUGUGAUUUACAUUUGACAACAGGUCAAAAAAUCGAAGAUGUCCCGAGUGUUUUACAAGUCGAUUUUGCUAACAAAUAUAUCGGCGGCGGUGUUUUAAGUGCAGGAUGUGUACAGGAAGAAAUUCGCUUUUGUAUUUGCCCUGAAAUGCUCGUUAGUUUACUUAUGUGCGAAAAGAUGGAACCCAAUGAAUGUAUCUUUCUUAUUGGGUGUGAACGAUAUUCAUCAUAUAUAGGUUAUGCAGAUUCAUUUCAAUACGGUGGAAAUUAUGACGACAACACACCUAAAGAUAAUUGGGGUAGAAAAUGGUGCCAUGUGGUAGCCAUGGAUGCAAUAUACUUUCGUCACGCAUCCGCACAAUAUGAUAUGCAUUGCGUAGAUCGUGAACUACUCAAAGCUUAUACAAGCUUUAUUCCAUCGAGAUAUGGAUCAGAUUAUACGUCUGGCAUUGCUACUGGAAAUUGGGGCUGUGGGGCAUUCAAUGGUGACAAAUAUCUGAAAGCAAUAAUUCAAUUGAUGGCUGCUUCUGCAGCUGGACGUCCACUUAUCUAUGCAGCUUAUCGUGACAAAGUUCUAAUCAAUUCAUUCUACAUUGUUUAUGAGUUCUUGAAAGACCAAAAAGCAACCGUAUCAGAUUGUUAUCGGUACCUUCAACGAUAUUUUAGUCAAGGUAAAAGACAAUCACUGUUCGACUAUAUUUUGGACACACCUGUUUCAUCGCUUAAAUCAUAA